GAACUAGUAGAACGAACCAUUCCAAUAUGGAGGGGUGGGCAAAGAUCUCAUGUUAGAAAACUAGGAAAAGGGGGGAGGAUUCCCAGUUGCCACUCUCAACGAUAGUUAUUAUGGAGCAUUUAAGUGGGAAUAAAAAUCUUUAAUGUACGUUAUAAAAAGGAAUCAGGUGACUUUUCCUCUGCACCCCCCCACAAGCGCUCGUGGUGCUGGCUCCGCUCCAGCACCGCCAAGCUCCGCGAUCGCCACGGACGGGAGCUGAGUGGGGUCAACUGAAGUCAUGCAGGUUGUAAAAAACGCGGGGUUUUCGCUGUUGCGGUUAUGGGCUUGGCCACCGACGACCAGGGUCGCCGUGGCCGGAGUGCCGGCCCCCACCAUCCACACUAGCGCCCAGCAGAUGCAAGACGCAGCGGCCAAGCCGGAAGUUGAGAAGGCGAAGGAUCCGGCGCCAGCUCCGAGGCGCAGCAACUUCAGCAUUUACCCUCCAAUUCCAGGACAAGAGAGUUCUCUGAGGUGGGCAGGAAAGAAAUUUGAGGAGAUCCCAAUCGCACACAUCAAAGCAUCGUACAACAACACACAGAUCCAGGUAGUCUCUGCUGCUCACCAGCCCCUUGCCCGCGCUUCCUGUGGCACGGAGGGGUUUCAGAAUGCCAAGAAGGGCACAGGCAUUGCAGCGCAAACAGCGGGCAUAGCUGCCGCGGCGAAAGCUACGGGGAAGGGUGUGACCCACGUCCGAGUUGUGGUUAAAGGCCUGGGGCCAGGGCGCUUGUCUGCCAUCAAGGGACUGACCAUGGGGGGCCUGGAAGUGAUCUCAAUCACAGACAACACCCCCAUCCCGCACAACGGCUGCCGCCCCAGGAAGGCUCGGAGGCUGUGAGGGGCAGGAAACCUGCACCUGAACCUGACCUCAAGUCCCACCUCCAGCUGGACGUCAUGGAAAGCACACUGUCAGAGCUCUCUCCAGGGAGGGCUUGUUAGAGACCCUUCAGACAGUAAGGGAGAGCUUUGCCUCUUUAUGGGAUGGCCUUUGCUUGUUUCUUCGACUGGAGACCAGUAUGCCCAGAAGUGCCUCUCCUGGACAGGAAGGGAGCUACAGGAGCAGCUGUGGCCCAGACGCCAACCAGUAAAUGCUGCAGCUGCUCUGAAAAAAUAAAAAUAUC